CCCCAGAUGAGCUAUACUAGCAGACAAACUUUAUUCUGUUAGAAAGUGAAAUGAUUCAUUGUGGGUGCUAAAGACACCACAGAAAGUUAACGGAGCCAUAUCAUGAAGGGAAAAUGAAAUACCUAUCUCUGUUGGGGAAAAUCAUUUUUCAAAACCUUAGCAUUCCAAAUCUCUGUUAGAGCGGUUUGAUGACCGGGUUCUCAAAACCUUUUUUUUCUUCACCUUAGCAUUCCAAAUCUUUAUUCCUUUGACGACAGCGCCGUCGCCAAUCUCAUCUCCACCUCCAUCCGCUCCGCCCUAGACUGCCCAUCAACUGGCCGUAACUACCUCGCAAACCUCCUCCUCCUCCUGCGUCCGCCACAAGUUGAUUUUGUUUCCGAAUUUUUCAUCCAUCGAUAUCAGAUUUAGAAUCAGGGUUGGGUAGUUUUCGCCGAAGAUGCCGUCUCUUCAAACAGCACUGCCUCCUGAGCUGGCCAACAAUGCCAUUAGGCUUUACCGUGAAUGCCUACGAAGAGCUAAGUAUAUUGGCCAUCGGCAACAUAACACACAGCUUCUUGUUGAUAUGGUGAGACAACAGUUUAAGCAAAACAUGCACGAGACAGAUCCUGAAAAGAUUCAGCAGUUAAAGGAUAAUGCAGCAAGGGGACUUAUCAACCACAUACUAUAUGAGUCAGAGCAACUGUCUGGUCGUAAAUUUAGCAAGAGUCCUAAAGCAGUUUAGUUGGCUCUGUUCUUGAUGAUUCAACCCCUUCAUCAAUGCAAGGUUUGGGGAUCAUCCAUUGGCCGAACCUUCCAAAGGGCUGGAGAGAUUGUUAUACUCGUGAAAAAAAAAAUAAAAUUGUAGAAAAUAGCAUGGUGGCUUUUCCUCUUUUACUAGUGCUAUUCAUGUCAAGAGUUCUAAAGUUUCUUAAAAUUACAUUUUACGUUCUGUCAAAUGACCUUGUCUAUUAUACAUUAAAAGAUUCCCAAGGUGAAGUCUCCUUCAAGAUAUCUUGGCAUUAUGUUCCAAUGUAUGACAUUGUUAUUUCUGGAUUUCUAAUAGUUUAGGUGGUUAAUUGAUACU